AUGCGUUUGACUCAGGCUCUCAUUGCCCUCGUCGUCACUGGCCUCGCCAACGCUCAAAUCCCCAAUGUCCCCUCCUGCUCGCUCCAAUGCUUUCUCAGCUCCCUAACCAACGAUGGAUGCUCCGACCUGACUGACUUCGCCUGUCACUGCGCCAAGCCCCAGCUCCCCAAGGAAAUCACUCCAUGCGUGGAGAAAGCCUGUAGUGAGGCUGACCAGUCCGCCGUCUCCAGCGCCGUCGUCCAGGAGUGCUCCGCCGCCGGCCACCCCAUCUCCCUCCCCCCCGUUGGCGGCAACGUUGGCCGCUCUGAAGUUACCGCUACCGCGUCGUCUGCCUCUUCCUCUGCUGUCGGUGACGCCCCUUCGUCCGUUAUCGCUUCUUCAUCUGCUGCGGUCACCGGCAGCUCUUCCUCGGGCGUUAUCCCCUCGGCUUCUGCAUCAUCUAGCUACUCCGGCUCGGCUAGCCCACCUGCUUUCACCGGCGCUGCUUCGAACAUGAAGUGCUCUCUUGCUGGUGCUGCAGCUGUUGCUGCUGUCGCUGUCUAUGCUGUGUAA